AUGGAAGCCCUUUCACCUCGGACAACGAACCAGAUGAUAAAGCCCAAGGCGCCAAUGGAUCGGAAAGCGGGGGACAAGCCCACAGGCACCGCGGCGCCAAAGUCGUCAUCAGCGUCUAGGAACCAUGCAGAUCCACCACCAUCAAUAGUCACGGAGCCCGAGGAGGAUGCAGAACAAUACUCCAUUGGUGGAUUCUUGGGGAAGGGAGGAUUCGCAGUCUGUUACGAGGGCACAUUGGCGCGCAAUGGUCGCGUGUUUGCGAUGAAAGUCGUCAAGUCACAAAUGCCACAGAAAAAGAUGGAAGAGAAGUUCCGAACAGAGCUUCAAAUCCAUUCGAAAAUGCGUCACCCCUUCAUCGUCCAAUUUUAUCGCGCCUUUGCCUUUGAACAAAGCACAUAUGUCGUCCUCGAGUUAUGCCCGAAUGGCUCGGUGAUGGAUAUGGUUCGAAAACGACGGUGUCUGAGUCUACCAGAAGUGAGGCGUUUUAUGAUUCAGCUGUGCGCAGGCGUAAAGUACCUACAUAAGCGAUUCGUUGCACACCGCGACUUGAAAAUGGGAAACUUGUUCCUUGACCGUAACAUGAACAUCAAAAUCGGAGACUUUGGCCUUGCUGCAAUGAUCUUAUCUGACAAGGAUGCGAAGCGGCGGAACACUUUGUGCGGGACACCAAAUUACAUUGCGCCCGAGGUUCUUGACAAGAGCAAGGGCGGCCAUACCCAGAAGGUCGAUAUUUGGUCAUUGGGUGUUAUAUGCUUUGCGAUGCUCACCGGAUACCCACCCUUCCAAUCAAAAACGCAAGAAGAGAUUUACAAAAAGGUCCGGAAUUUGGCCUACGUAUGGCCGAAAGAAUCCGAACACUCAAAUUUUAUACCCGAGGAGGCGAAAGAUCUAGUCAGUGCCUGCUUGAACCUGAUAGAUGAGGAACGACCGGACCCCGAUGAUAUUGUCGAGCAUCCUUUUUUCAACAUGUAUGACGGCUGCAUUCCUCGCCAAUUGGACCCAGCAUGUCGAUUCAACAAGCCGAUCUGGCUUAAAGACCAGUCACCCCGAGGCGAUUCCAUGGUUAAGGGCUAUGGGCUCGACUCGGAUGAGAAGCUUCGUGCCUACGUCUAUCAAGUAGAUGAUCCGAACCAACGCUAUCACUCUUGCAAGGCCGCGUUCUAUUCUCUAUGCGGCGUCGGUAGAAAGCCCGAUGGAACUGCUCGCAAGUCAGUCGGUCGCAAUUGCUCAAAAUCUGCAUACUCAGAGUGCGAGACGGAGGAUGCGAGAGGUCUUCGGCCUGUCGUGCCAUUGCCUAUGGACUUCGUGUAUCGAUGGCCUCAUGAAAUUGAGGGUGACUGGUGUCUUAUGGAGAGCUCUCGCAAAACGAUCCGUGCGGAAGAUUCAGCGCUGGAUAAUAGCACUUUGUCUCGGCGGAGCGUGUCGGUUCGCACCAACGCAGUUGCAACUACCCGAACGAAUGCCGCGCUUGCGGCUGCCCAGCAACGCAGGAUGGAGGGACAGAACCACGCCGCGACGCUUCGUCAACAAGCUCGCCCUGGAAUGGCUUCUGUGCGAAAGGCGCCCGCUCUACCUGACUUUGCAGAGCCAACGGUCAAAUCUUACCGAGACACAAAGGAGCCCGAACCCACGUCUUUGCCAAGUUCGGGCGUGCCUCCUAGCGGGCUUGCUGAGCGGCCAAUUCGCACGCGACGAAUGGUGUCAGCUUCCAAUGCCCCCACCCUGCGCGAGAAUGUUGUUCCUCAACUGGCCAAAUCAACCAGCAUGCCUUCCGGCCUUACGAUCGGUAAAACACGAUCGCAAUCCCGGAGGUUGGAAGCUGCCAACCAAGGGCCACAGCCUUCGAUCCCUACCGGUGACGCCAAGUUGUCCGCAGUGGUGGAGGAGCGACGAACUAUAAGCCGUCAGGCGUCUUUGCGAUCCGUGUCGCGUUCUGAUUUGAAAAUCACUGCUGAGCGAGUCGAACGACCUAGGCCUAGCCCGACCGAGUCAACUUUCUCCUCUGCUCAGCACACCAAGUCUACAUCUCAAUCACAGGGACUUACUCGAACCGAUAGCAAGUCCAACAAAGCUCGCUCUAGCCUGGGGCUGAGUCCCAUCUUCCAUCAAGAUGACGUCUGCCAGGAUCUGCCUGGUACUUCAUUGUCUGACGUGAACACCAAUCUGCGAUUGAUGUUGGCAAACUUGGUUACCCAGGGCCCCACCCGGCGCCGAGUCGGCUCCAGGAAGCAGCCUCACGCAUAUGUGAUUAAAUGGGUGGACUACACUAACCGAUACGGUAUCGGGUAUGUGUUGGACGAUGGCAGCGUGGGAUGCGUCUUCAAGGGGGAGAAUGGGCAGCCUGCCACGAGCGUUGUGGUUCGGGAUGGGGAGAGACAUAUUCGGCGCAAGGCACGAAGUGUUGAUACUCCCGAGGAAAAGGGCAUCCCGUAUUCCGAGGCAGAUCAACUUGUUCCUCGCGCCGGGGUCCCGGUGGAGUUUUACGAGAAUCGUGAUGAUAAUCUGCUUGGUUGCCGUGGUAUUCGACGAGCUUUGAUUGAUCCAUCCCUUUUUGAUGCUAAGAGCUCAAAGGUCAUGAAGCUUCGUGUCAACUCUGGGUCUGAGACUGAAAGGUCAGAUGUUGAGAAGAUCAAGCGGGUCAAGCUGGUCGACCAGUUUGGCAAAUACAUGAUCGGAUCUCUCGGUCGCCAUGGCGAUGAGGGUAUCACGGAUGAUACACCUGCCCAGAGUAGUGGCCAAUUCGUCAAAUUCUACCAGCGGCUUGGUAAUGUCGGUAUCUGGGGCUUUGGCGACGGCGCAUUCCAAUUCAACUUUCCCGAUCACACCAAACUCGUUCUUGCGCCUGGUCGCACACGCAGCUCUUCCCCAUGGAUUGACUUCUAUCACCUCUCCCCUUCUGCAGCUCGCUACUUCACCGCAAAGGGCAAGAUGCAUCCCUCGGGCUUUGAUACUCGGGCCGUCGCUUCAGAUGAAGCUGCUACAUUCCUUAGUAUCGCCAAUGGGGAAUCCAUCAAUUCCGUCGAGGACCGGAUUCGUGAUAUCCUAGAUGCGAACUCGUUCUUGCAAAAGAUAAGCUUCAUCAAGGAUGUUCUCAAAGGCUGGAUCAAGUAUGGACGACUUGGUGGUCGUCCAUCUCGCAGUCGAUCAGCAGCUGGAGAGGAGUCAGUACCCCCUGAGAUGUUCUGGCAAGGAACACAGGAUCGGUCAUCCGGUGGAAGCCAUGGGACGAAGUUUGUUUGGGUUACAGUCGGUGCGCCUGAUGGCGAUGGCGCAUAUCGAUCAAUCAUGCUGAAGGAUAGCGACAGGGAGAAGCUUGAGAAGAAGACUGGGAUGACUUAUGACAAAGAGAUGGACAUGCUCAAGGAACGGCUGAGAGUCAUGGGUCGCGAGUAA